AUGCUGAGCUCAGUCUGCGUCUCGUCCUUCCGCGGGCGCCAGGGGGCUAGCAAACAGCCGCCGGCGCCGCCGCCGCAGCCGUCCGAGUCCCCGCCACCGCUACCCUCGCCGCGACCGCCACUGCCGCUGCUGCAGCAGCAGCAACCUGCGCAGCCCGGCCCCGCCGCGUCCCCGGCGGGCCCCCCGGCACCCCGCGGGCCCGGGGGCAGGCGCGCCGAGCCAUGCCCCGGGCUGCCGGCGGCGGCCAUGGGGCGGCACGGCGGCGGCGGUGGCGACAGUGGCAAGAUCGUGAUCAACGUGGGCGGCGUGCGCCAUGAGACGUACCGCUCGACGCUGCGCACCCUGCCGGGGACGCGGCUGGCCGGCCUGACGGAGCCCGAGGCGGCGGCGCGUUUCGACUACGACCCGGGCGCCGAUGAGUUCUUCUUUGACCGGCAUCCGGGUGUCUUCGCCUACGUGCUCAACUACUACCGUACGGGCAAGCUGCACUGCCCGGCCGACGUGUGCGGGCCGCUCUUCGAGGAGGAGCUCGGCUUUUGGGGCAUCGACGAGACCGACGUGGAGGCCUGCUGCUGGAUGACCUACCGGCAGCACCGGGACGCCGAGGAAGCGCUCGACUCCUUCGAGGCACCCGACCCUGCGGGCGCCGCCAACGCUGCCAACGCCGCGGGCGCCCACGACGCGGGUCUGGACGACGAGGCGGGCGCGGGCGGCGGCGGCCUGGACGGCGCCGGCGGCGAGCUCAAGCGCCUCUGCUUCCAGGACGCGGGCGGCGGCGCCGGGGGCCCGCCAGGGGGCGCGGGCGGCGCGGGCGGCACGUGGUGGCGCCGCUGGCAGCCCCGGGUGUGGGCGCUCUUCGAGGACCCCUACUCGUCGCGGGCCGCCAGGUAUGUGGCCUUCGCCUCCCUUUUCUUCAUCCUCAUCUCCAUCACCACCUUCUGCCUGGAGACCCAUGAGGGCUUCAUCCACAUCAGUAACAAGACAGUGACGCAAGCCUCCCCAAUCCCUGGGGCUCCGCCGGAGAAUGUCACCAAUGUGGAGGUGGAGACGGAGCCCUUCCUGACCUAUGUGGAGGGCGUGUGCGUGGUCUGGUUCACCUUUGAGUUUCUCAUGCGCAUCACCUUCUGCCCAGACAAGGUGGAAUUUCUCAAGAGCAGCCUCAACAUCAUUGACUGUGUGGCCAUCCUGCCCUUCUAUCUGGAGGUGGGGCUCUCAGGCCUCAGCUCCAAGGCCGCCAAAGAUGUGCUGGGCUUCCUGCGGGUCGUCCGCUUCGUCCGGAUCCUGCGGAUCUUCAAGCUCACGCGGCACUUUGUGGGGCUGCGCGUGCUUGGCCACACGCUCCGCGCCAGCACCAACGAGUUCCUGCUGCUCAUCAUUUUCCUGGCCUUGGGUGUGCUCAUUUUCGCCACCAUGAUCUACUACGCCGAGCGCAUUGGCGCCGACCCUAAUGACAUCCUGGGCUCCAACCACACCUACUUCAAGAAUAUCCCCAUCGGCUUCUGGUGGGCCGUGGUCACCAUGACAACCCUGGGCUACGGAGACAUGUACCCCAAGACGUGGUCGGGGAUGCUGGUCGGGGCGCUGUGUGCCCUGGCCGGGGUGCUCACCAUCGCCAUGCCAGUGCCCGUCAUUGUGAACAACUUUGGCAUGUACUAUUCGCUGGCCAUGGCCAAACAGAAGCUGCCCAAGAAGAAGAACAAACACAUUCCCCGGCCCCCGCAGCCUGGCUCGCCCAACUAUUGCAAGCCCGACCCGCCCCCACCACCCCCCCUCCCUCCUCACCAUGGCAGCGGCGGCAUCAGCCCCCCACCCCCCAUCACCCCGCCCUCCAUGGGGGUGACUGUGGCCGGGGCUUACCCGCCGGGCCCCCACACGCACCCCGGGCUGCUCAGGGGGGGAGCAGGGGGGCUCGGAAUCAUGGGGCUGCCUCCUCUGCCGGCCCCUGGGGAGCCCUGCCCGUUGGCUCAGGAGGAAGUGGUUGAGAUCAACCGGGCAGAUCCCCGCCCCAACGGGGACCCUGCAGCUGCUGCGCUUGCACAUGAGGACUGCCCAGCCAUUGACCAACCCGCCAUGUCCCCGGAAGACAAGAGUCCCAUCACCCCUGGGAGCCGGGGCCGCUACGGCCGGGACCGAGCCUGCUUCCUCCUCACCGACUAUGCCCCAUCCCCUGAUGGCUCCAUCCGGAAAGGUUACGAGAAAUCCCGCAGCCUGAGCAGCAUCGCGGGCCUGAGCGGGGUGUCCCUGCGCCUCGCCCCCCUUGCCACUCCCCCUGGCUCCCCCAGGGCCGCCCGCCGCGCUCCCCCAACCCUGCCCUCCAUCCUCUAG